GUAGCCCUUCAGCCAAUGAGGAUGCAGUGCCGGGAAAUACAGCAGUGAAACGGCACAUAGCUUUGAUGCUGGUGCUGAUUUGCAGUGUGAGAGAAUGUUAAUGUGCGCGUGUAUUUCAUUUCAUUUUCCCCAGAUCUGAUUAACUCCUCACUACAGGCAACUGUUUUGUGUCAGUGUGUGUGAAGAGGGCUUUCGUGAAGAGACCCCCGGGGGUGACUGCGGGGACUGAGCAGUUACAAGAGGCUUAUCUUCUUCAGAGUGGGAUAAACCCCCAAAAACUAUUAAUCUCAAACAUUUCUUCUCCUAAGACCUUAUCUCAAGUGUCCUGCAGGUACUACAGACAGAAGUACCCUCCCUCUAUCUCUUUUUCUCCAGGAGACAACAGCUCUCCGAUACAGGGACUGUGUGUGUGGCCUAGUCAUUGAGGAUGAAGUGGAACCUGUUCAAGAAUAAGCCUGAGGCCAUGGUGGGUCCAGAGCCCACGGGCACCGGCGCCACUAUGACCGCAGCCCCAGCCGUCGCCAUCGCCACCACCAUGGCUGAACCCCCAGGCAACGGCACAGUUUCCAAGAACGACAUGUUCGAAGAGAUCAAGAGCAAGUUCAUGAACGAGAUCGAUAAGAUCCCAUUGCCCUCCUGGGCCAUCAUAGCUAUCGCUGUGGUGGCCGCCCUCCUCAUCCUCACCUGCUGCUUCUGCAUCAUCAAGAAGUGCUGCUGUAAGAAGAAGAAGAACAAGAAGGGCAAGAAGGGCAAAGAUGGCCUCAACAUGAAGAACAUGAAAGGAGACGAGGACGAUGAUGAUGAUGAAGGUGAGACAGGCCUCACGGAGGAGGAGAAAGAGGAGGAAGAGAAGGAAGAGGAGAAACUUGGCAAGCUGCAGUACUCGCUGGACUAUGACUUCCAAGACAGUAAGCUCACAGUGGGAAUCCUCCAAGCUGCUGAUCUUAUCUCCAUGGACAGCGGAGGUACCUCUGACCCGUACGUCAAGGUCUUUGUCCUCCCAGACAAGAAGAAGAAGUUUGACACCAAGGUUCAAAAGAAAAACCUGAACCCGGUCUUUAAUGAGUCAUUUGUUUUCAAGUUACCAUAUGAUGAACUCGGUGGGAAAACCCUGGUGAUGUCAGUCUUUGACUACGACCGAUUCUCCAAGCAUGACAUCAUUGGAGAGGUGAGGAUCCCCAUGAACACCAUUGACCUGGGACAGCCCAUCGAAGAAUGGAAGGACCUGGAGAGUGCAGACAAAGAGGAGCCUGAGAAGCUGGGAGACAUCUGUAUCUCUCUUCGUUACGUGCCCACCGCUGGCAAACUCACUGUCUGUAUCCUGGAGGCAAAGAACCUCAAGAAGAUGGACGUGGGUGGACUGUCUGAUCCCUAUGUGAAGAUCGCGUUGCUGCAGGGAGGCAAGAAACUGAAGAAGAAGAAGACUACAGUGAAGAAGAACACACUGAAUCCGUACUACAAUGAGUCCUUCAGCUUUGAGAUCCCAAUGGACAUGAUGCAGAAAAUUUUGGUGGUGGUGACAGUGUUUGAUUAUGACAAGAUUGGCAAGAAUGACGCCAUUGGGAAGAUAUUUGUGGGCAGCAAGGCGACGGGCCCUGGUCUGAAGCAUUGGUCUGACAUGCUCUCUAACCCCAGGCGUCCCAUUGCCCAGUGGCACCCACUACAACAGGAGGAGGAUAUAGAUGCGGCACUGGCAGGUUUAAAUGCAAAAAAGUAACUUAACUUGUCCGAUUGAUUACCAACUAACCAACUAACUCAGAAACCCUCCCUCCCCAACUGCCAUACACUGCAUGAAACUCAUGACUUCCACAUGAUUCUGUCAUGUCUAUUUGAAACACUGAACAAAAAAAAGAAACAUCUAAAAUAUCAGCUUAUUCAUAAUUAAAUCGAAGAACAUAAACUACACUUUUCCCAACACCAUAGCAUUUCACGUAUUUAGUGUAAAGAGAGAAGAGGGAAAUUGAGCGAUAAAUUGAUUGAUUGAUUGAUAAAUUGAUCUGUGUUUCAUUUGAACAUGCUUUUUAGGAACAGAUGCUUAGAUGCUGACAAUGAAAGUUUGGAGAAAGACUCAAUGAAAUUGAUGCUGGUUAUAGCUUCUUCAUUUAGUUUAUAGAACAUUGUGCAUGCUUUACUUAUGCUCUCACUGCUCUACAUAAACCAUGCCAAACCGAUUCCCAUUAGCAUAUAUCUUGUUCUCAACCCAUAAGUGUGCCAUAUCUUGCAGUAGAUAUUAGUAUUGGGACAUUUCUCACAUAAAACAGUUUUUAAUCUACUAAUGGAAAGGGUUUAGGUGAGAUGGUAGGUAUUAAGGUAAUACAAUGCAGCAAUUCAUUCCAGAAAGUCUUUCUGAAAGAACUUUAAAAUGCAAGUUUUUUUUGUUCCAAUUGUAUUAUCAUUAUUAUUAUUGUUAUUAUUAUUUUUAUUAUAUAUAUUCCCAUGUAUAAGAGAGAUGGACAUAUUGUGGCAAAAAUGAUAUUUGGCUUUACAGUUAAAAAUGAUUACUUAUCAAACACGAUUAAUUUCGAUGCCGUUAUGGACAGGGUCCAUACACCUUCCAGUGUUUUCAGUGUGAAACCCAGACUGGGUUGAAUUCAUGGGUGCCUUUAGGCUCUCAACUCAGAAUGCACUGAGGGAAACUGUAUCCCUGGCAAACGUCAUAAUGGCACAGUCCAAAAGACCUACUUUGACCACUUGGAUGUAAAAGUGAUUACUUAUCCAUGUCCAAAGUAAAGAUGAUUGAAGAACUAUCACUGUCAUCCAAAACCAUGACGACCAUGCUUUGUUAGUGAUGAGAUAUUUACUACUAAUAGCAUGUGUUGAAAACACAUUUGACCUUUUACUAUUUUAAGUCAAAGAUACACAAUGUUGAGGAUGUAUGUUCAAGAAAAUAAAGAAAAAUGAUCAAUCAUAUUCUACUACGACAGCAUUGCACCCUGUACACUAUUGUGAGCACAUUUUUGGCAUUAAUGCUAUCGAGAUGAAAGAAACAUAUGUUAUAAGAUGGGACCAUAUGCUUGUUACAGCCACUGCCUGUGAAUUGUAAAGCACUCUGCAUCUCUGAAAUGACUGAUACAAACAUACUGGAGGGGAUGUUUUCUCAGUUUAAAAGUGUGUUUGCAUGAAGGCCCAACGUCUAUUUCUCUCUGCUGAGGAUGACUGUAGUGGUGUGGGUAUACAUUCAAUUCUUGGAUGUUCACAUUGUAAUGAUGAAAAGUUCAUCAUCAAGCAACCGGAAAUGCAGCAUUUGCUUGAAACAAAUGAGAGUAAAGUAAGCAUGAUUUAUGCUUUGUGCUUAUCUUCAUGUCGUUAGCUUUGACUUUUGCACCAUGCACUCAUCCGCAGCCUGCUUAGUAUGUAACCCUCUUCUGUAAGACGCCAAAGUCCUGAAACAUUGUGGUAUUGUCCGCUGUUUAUUCAAACCUGUUUUUCCCAAGGGCGUUGUUCGUUAGACAUCCUGAAAUGUUGAUUGCCAGGAGGCCAUGGUGUAUAAGGUGAUCAAACUGAAAGGAGGGGGAACGUUGGCAUACUAAUAAGUCCAUUGAUAUGUAGUUUUGACCCCCUCUCUCUCGUCCUACUGUAAACAUACAGUGAGAAAAUGUCAUAAUACAGCAUGUAUCUAUGAAAUGUUGUAAAUAGCGGCAUGUUUUAAAGAGGAACCAUAAUUAGUGUGUAUGUGUGUUUGUGUCCAAUGUCAUUUUGAUAAUAAAAUGGAGAGAAAAAUAUGCACUGACUGCACAUUUGAUGUAUUUUCCCUUAAGGGUAUAAUAGGACUGAACAUAUGUCUGCAUAGUACAUGUUGAUUUUACAGGCUAUUUUCUUGCCUGAAAUUCAACAGUGUUACUUCAUUUGUAUUUUAUUUACAUAUGUCUACAGUGGACAACCUGAAAUGUAUGACUAUAUGCUGGGGCUACAAGUCAAAAUGCAAUAUUACUUACAUUUCCUGCUUUCACUUGUAUGUGUGCAGGGUCUUCGAUGGCCAGGAUUUAUUGUGUAUUUUUGCAAAAGCAGAACAUUUACUAGCUCCUUUGCUUUGUAAUUCUAAGUACCGUAAGUGUUUCCUUCAAGUAUCCUGCCGGAGGUGGUAGUCACCGCCUUAUCAAAAAUGAUUUGAAUCUGCUGUGUUGGGUUGACCAGUGUUCUAGUACUAAGUCAGACUACAGUACUACACAAAUUUAAAUCCAACUACUAGACCGUGCUUAACGUUAGAUUGUUUAGUCCCAGGUUCAUGUUAUCAGAUAUAGCUCAUUGUAUAGGAGUCAAAGCAUGGACUUGUAGCCCCGUUUCAAUAACUCUCCAUAUCUGUACCCUGAGUAGUCCUCUGCUUGCUGUCAUCCACUGGUGUCAUAACAGUUAAACAUGUAUUUUUGUGUAUGUUAAGAAGUAAAGCCAUACAACUUGAGUUUAAGUUUC